AUGGCAAUGGCAAUGGCCUCUAGUCUGUCGGUGCUGUUGCUCCUGUGCCUAGCGGCGGCCACCUCGGCGUUCCCGCAGCUUUCGCCUCAGUUCUACGCCAAGUCGUGCCCCAGGGCGCUUGCAACCAUCAAGAGCGCCGUGACCGCCGCCGUGAGGAGGGAGCCCCGCAUGGGAGCGUCGCUGCUCCGCCUGCAUUUCCACGACUGCUUUGUCCAAGGCUGCGACGCGUCCGUGCUGCUGAGCGACACGGCCACCUUUACGGGCGAGCAGGGGGCAGCCCCGAACAACAAUUCCAUUCGAGGCAUGAACGUCAUCGACAACAUCAAGGCGCAGGUCGAGGCCGUGUGCAAGCAGACUGUCUCCUGCGCCGACAUCCUCGCCGUGGCCGCCCGUGACUCCGUUGUCGCCCUGGGAGGGCCUUCGUGGACCGUUCCUCUGGGGAGGAGGGACUCGACAACGGCGAGCCUUUCCCUGGCCAACAGCGACCUGCCUGCACCGUCCUUCGACGUUGCCAACCUCACCGCCAACUUCGCCGCCAAGGGGCUCAGCGUGACCGACAUGGUCGCCCUCUCUGGCGGCCACACCAUCGGACAAUCGCAGUGCCGGUUUUUCAGGAGCAGGCUCUACAACGAGACCAACAUCGACGCGGCCUUCGCGACAUCUCUCAAGGCCAACUGCCCCCGGACGACCAGCUCCGGCAACAGCAGCCUGGCGCCGCUGGACACGACGACGCCCAACGGGUUCGACAACGCGUACUACAGCAACCUGAUGUCCCAGAAGGGGCUCCUGCACUCCGACCAGGUGCUGAUCAACGACGGACGCACCGCCGGCCUGGUCCGGACGUACUCGUCGGCGUCGGCGCAGUUCAACGGGGACUUCGCGGCGGCCAUGGUGAGGAUGGGGAACAUCAGCCCGCUCACCGGAGCGCAGGGGCAGAUCAGGCUAAGCUGCUCCAGGGUGAACUAA